ACUGAUGAUAAUUCUAUUACCCCUCUUGAUGAAUCGAAAAUUUCUAAUGAGAUUCGUAGGAAGAAAUAUUUAUUGUUGAGAUUAAAGGAUGAAUAUACGAAACUGCAAGCUAAUUACAAAGAUAACGAUAAAUUGCUUGUCAUGAACCUAUUUCACGAUCUUAAUCGCGGAAUCCUAUCCAUUAUCAUAACCUCGGGUAAAGAUUUAUUGAGCAAGAAAGAUGAAAGCAAAAAAGAGAAUGUCGAUUAUACUUACUCGUUUACCCCGAUGAAAUUGGUGAUAGAAGACCAAAUUUUGAUACUCAUGAAUGAGUUUCCUAUAAAUCAAUAUGUAAAAUUAUUGACCUGUCAAAAUAUAAUAAUUUAUCGUGAAAGAAGCAUCGGUUUGCUGCUUUUCAAUGUCGCUUCUGCUCACAUCGUUCUCUUUGCCAUAGCUUCAGUUUUGAUUAAUUUAAAUACCGACAUUGAUACGCAAAUUGAUAGAAUUCUGGCGCUUGUCAUCAUAGUUUUUGGAUUAUAUUGGUUUAUAAACUCAUUGAUAGGUCGUUUCUUAGGAAGAAUGGUAGUGUUUUUUAAAAAUAAAUGUAGUAGUUCUUCGAUAUUAAAAGAUGUAAUCUUCUGGAAUGAACAUGAUGAAAAUGACGUAAAUUCGUUGGGACCGAUUUUAGAAAAAGUUGCAAGUGAUGAGGAACGUUUAUUUAACAAGAUCGAGUUUCUCCUAAAUGGAAUACUAGAAGAUUCAUUAAGAAAUGAUAGAACAAAUGAAGAGGUGGAAAUUAUUUCAAGAGAUUUUUUUAAAUUAGAUGCCUCGUUUAAAAUGCAUUCUCCUCCUGUAAUUAAAGAUCAUGAUGUAGAAUUUCCUGAUACAAUUAUAGAUCGUGAUGUAGAUGAAUAA